AUGAGAUUACUGGCCCUCGUUCCAAUUGCUGCUGCUGCCUCCGCCGCGGUGGUCGACCACGUGGAGGGACGAGCAAACGGAUGCAACGCGGAUAACUGCCUUCGCGCCGUUAGAGCAAACCGUUAUGGAACUGCCACCAUGAGUAUUCGCAUGGCCGAGUGCAGCUCAUAUUUGGCCGUCACACAUACUCCUGUUGCCUCUACCGUUUAUGUGACCGAGACAGGGGCAGAACCGGCUGUGGAAAGCAACACCCAAACAAUUCAACAACGCGAUAUCGAGACGCCUGCCCCUACAAAGGCUAUCCCAGCCUACGCAACCGCCUGUCCUGAUGCUGCCGCAUUCAGCAGCGCUUGCUACUGUUUUGGUGCUAGUCCCUUAACGAUCACAGCCCCGACGCCGACCAUCACCUCCACCAUUUUCCAUACGCCGCCCGCCACACCCACCUUGUUAGUCGACGCUGAUCUUCGUGCUCUCUCUUGCAACAAGCCUUGGACCUGUGGCGACACGACAGUUCCCUGGUGCUCCGCCGAGGGCGAGAAGGGAUGCGCGUGUUUCCGCACAGCUGAAGGAAGGGAUGUCUGCGCUGUGCCCGGUGACUGCAAGUCUACCUGCGACAGCACAACCGACUGUGGAACCGGCGAGGUGUGCGUUAAGCAAAGUUGCUGUGUGGGUGGAACUUGUAUGAAGGUUGAUGUUUGCAUCAACCAGGCCUUCCCGCAGAUGAUGUUCAAAAAGCGUUCUGGUAAGCCUGCUUGGGCCAGGGAGAGCGAUAACGUCGACUUGUCACGGCUAAGCUUGUACCCUCACGAUAUUCGCUUGGAGCAUUCGGAAUAA